AUGACAGGAGCAGCAGCAGCAGCAGCAGCAGCCGCAGUAGCCAGCAGGAAGGGGACUCAGAAGACGCAGCAGCAGAAGCAACAGCUCUGCUCCCUGGGCACGUUUCACGUGCCGUAUACCCCUGCGAACUUGAAAGAAAAUCAGCGCUCCAAGGAGACGACCAAGGACCAAGAGACAUCCAAGACAACGGCAACAACGGCGGCCAGAAUUUUCUCUCGUUUGGAUAGUGUCGAGGAGGUGCAACGCGGUCGCAGUGGCAGCGCUGUCGGAAUAGCACCGGCAGGUGCAGUGGCAGCGGCAGCGGUGGCAGCGGGUUCACCAGCCAGGGCUGGCCAGCAGCAGCAGUUUGGAGGCGGAGGUGUGGGCGGAGGUGUGGCUGCUGUCGGUGUGGGUCCGGAAACGAUUGCGUCACGUCAGCGGAGCGCCAGCACGGUGCUCGACAUAAGCCUAGCGGAGCGCAGCAAGGUCUCCUCCAUCGGAGGCCCGCCCACUCCGCAGGUGGGUCUGCUCAAGCGCGGCUCUCUCUAUCCUGGAGUCGGUGGUGGUGGUGGUGGCGGUGGUGUCGGUGUCUUGAAUGGACUUGGCCUCGGCGAUGUGAUUUCAACGAAAUGCGAAUCAUUUAAUGGAGUGGGACUGGGCGUCGGCGUUGGAGUUGGAGCUGGUAUCGGUAGUGUGGGCGGUGUGGUGUACCAGGUGCAACCCUCGGGGAUCCAUCAGUAG